AUGCGGCUGCUGCUGAUAUCCUCGAUUUUGUGGGUAACGAGCCGUACGAUGAAAAAGCCAGAUUUAUAUGUGUGGCUUGAGCAAAAUAGUUAUAUCUGUGAUCUCUCACUCUUCGGGAAUUCUUUGCCGCACUUUUUGUCGCCAGACGAAUCGAAACAAUUUGCCUGCGACUGCGGUGAUCCACUCAUCAGUCGUGCUGCAUGCGCUCGGCGAUCGAAUGAAAUGCCGAACUGUCAUGAAAUUCCGGAUCUUUGUAUGCGAGAAUAUGCGAUUCUUUUCACGGAAACUGGCGACCGAUUGGCACAGCCAUUUACCACCAGAGCAACUACGACAACCACAGAACCAUCGACAACAGUUACGGAGUUUAUUAUAACCAACCCACCAAUAGUGCAACGACGGUCGCUUUUCCGUCAAUUCCAGAGGCAGCCGAUACCGCCGAGGAGGCCAUCAGCCAGGAGAGAAUUUGUGUUCAGAAACAGAGUUCCGAAUCGCUUCCCAUUGACUCGUCAACCCCCACGUCAACGGACGCGUCCUCUUCCGCGACUCCUGCCGUCGUCCCGCUUCCGAACGCGGCAGCGCGUUCAGCAGCAACCACAGCAGCUGAACAGAAGAAUUUCGGUGAACUUCUUCGCCGCCGGCAGACAGUCUUUCAACAGAGGUAGAAGGCCAAUAAUUCCAAGAAGACCAACCACCACUACUACCACGUCUACCACUACGACCACCACAUCUACAACGACGACCACCACACCCACAACCACACCCACUACGACCACAACCACUAAAGCGACAACAACUACACAAACAACGACACCAAGUACAACAACACCCACAACGACAACGACGGAGAAAACCACAACAACCACUAAACCCACCACCACCACCACAAAAGCAACUACGACCACAACACCGAAACCGACGACUACUACGAGAACUACGACAAGACCUACUACUACGACCAGAAAAUCUACUACUACGAGCACAACACCUAAACGGACAACCACCACUACGGCCACCACACCAAGAACGACGACUAAUAUUGCGGAAGUGAUUAAAAUCAGCAAGACAGAGUUGUUGAUCGCAGAGUUGACGAAUAGGCUACGUGCAAUCGGAAAUAAGGAACCAGAACAUCCAUUUAUGGGGCUGGAGGAGCUUUUCUUGAGUAGAAGGAAGUCAACCACUACCACUGCCACCACCACCGCCACCACCACCACCACUGCCAGCACAACGCAAGCAACAACGACGACUCCGAAGACAACGAAGAUGCACGAGGUGGUCGACGAUGAGGUCAGAAAAGAGUCCAAGAUCACCUCAGCUGAAAUAAAUACAAGAGAGCAGCUGGCUAGGAUUGAAGCAACAAUACAAUCAGGUCCUGUGAAGAUGCCAGAGCUUACGUUAACGUCGAACGUAGCCGCAGCUACAGGAGCAGAGACCAAGGAGAAGGAUGAAAAGAAAAAUGAGGAUACAGGAGAAAAUCAAAUGGAAAUGACUCCAUCCGGUGACAGAAACAGAAAAGAGACAACGGUUCUGGAUGAUCCUGUUCAAACAAGGGGGUCACCUACCGUAGAGGGGAAAUCCACUGCAAAGGACGAGACGGGAGCCGUACCGGGACAAAAAAUGACUAAAACUGAGAUCACCAAGAUUUCUUCGAUGAAUCAAGAGGAAGCUAUAGAGUUCAUCAGGAAAAAACUUGAACAACUCGAAGUUCGCUUCAUGGAAACUUUUGAAAGAGGUGCUGCACCUACCGUCAAAGAAUCUCGAAAACCUGAUGAUCUCGUCGCUAGCGACGACGAGGUGGUUAACAUUCGACGACAAUCACGUCUGGACUCUCGACGUCGCAACGCUGAUCCCGAGAUCACCAGUGCUGGAACAUUUCUAGAAAGUCUCGACAAGGUUGAGACAAUUCUAAAAGCUGUAGAUUCUAAACCGGAGGAAGGGCAUAAGACAAACGAAAAGAAGACGAAAGUUGUAGAAGGUUCUGGAAACGAGACACCUAAUCCGGAAACGGUAACUGUCACCUACACAGUUACCGAAUCGGAACCGUACACCUCAGUGGAGAUGUUGACAAAUGAACCAGAAACUUCAACGCUUAGAAGCAAAGGUUGUACGGAUACCCAUGAACUGUGUCCAACGUGGAAAACAGCAAAAUUGUGCUCAACGAGCCCGACGUUCAUGUAUAAAUUCUGCCAGGAAGCUUGUGGAUUUUGUAGUCAACGAGAAUAG